AUGGCGAAGUAUCUUCCAGAAAUGAAGCAGUGGAUGGAAAAGAGAUUAAGUCUCGGUCUGAAUGGGAACCGCACUGUUGAGGGCACUCUGCGAGGGUACGAUCAAUUCAUGAAUAUUGUCUUAAAUGACUGCGUAGAAGUAAAGAAGGAUGGUGAAAGGCGUCCGAUUGGCAUGAGCGUAAUCAGGGGAAAUUCAAUUUUGACGAUGGAAACACUUCAGCGUGGUUCGUGA